ACUAAUAAAUUAUCUAUGAUUUUGUUUUAUUUGCUAGCAGAGAAUGUUAAACAAUAAUGUGUGUCUGUGUGCGUGUGCUAAUUGCUGGAAUACCACCAAAUUAUUGUUUUCUGGUGACACAAGAGACAGGGGGGGAAGGAGACGGUGAAUUGUUUGGAAGAUUCUGUCUGACUUUCACAGACUAGAGCUACUGACCAUCCAGAAGAAAGAGCCAAAGCUGUCUGUCGUGUACGAUCUUCUGAAUCUGAUAUGGAAGAUGUAUCACUUCAGCGAAAAUCCAAACGAGAGCUCUGUGUUCUCGGGCAAGAGCUCGGUGUGGAUAUUUGCACACCGUCUAGCGUCAAGUGAACUCACUGGAUCCCCCAUGUCCACAGAGCCCUUAGUGUUCCUACAGCAUGGACAAGACAAGGACCUUGCCACUGACUAAGGCCAGUACUCCGUUGUUCUGCAGCACAUGGAACACCAGGCCGUAGCAUCAACAACAGCAGUUCAAGGGCGGGUAAAGAAGGUCACUUUUACACAGGAAAUGUAAUUCCACACUAGUUUUAAAAAAUAGGUUCAAGACUCAAAUGAACUUUCAGAAUCAAGUAAUUGACAGGUGACAGUUUAUUUACUCACUACUCAACAGAUAAAGUGGGAAAUGGUGAAUACACUCUUUUGUGUGUUCUGCCAUUUUCUUUCAGACAUGUUUGAGCAGCUAUCCUCACUUAGCCUCACCCUGCAAAGGAAUGACCUGAUCCUCUCCCAAGCCACAUCAGAGUUGAGGAAGACAGUGACCAGACGAGAAGCACUAAAGCUUCAGACCAUGCUUGCUCAGCAGCAGGGUGAUGAGAGGAGAUUCCAGGGAAUAACACUGAAUGGGAAUCUGAAAGGCUUCAUGGACCUCACCAGUCCCCAGCUGAAGCAGCACAUGAAGGCAGCCAUCAACAUGGGCGUGGAUGAUCUCAAAGCCAGGUUUGGUGGUUUGCUGAAGGAUGAGGGUGUCCAGACCCCAGUGGAGUCUUUCAGAGUGCUAAACCCUGACACCUGGCCAGAAGACCAGGCCAGCCUUCUCACCUUUGGCAAUGAUGGUGUGGCAGACCUGAUGAGGCAUUUCAAGGAGCCUCUAGAGAGAUCGGGGUGCAACAUGGCUGCAAUCCAGGAUGAGUGGCAGGGGCUGAAAAUCCUGGUCAGCCACAAUGUCAAGGACCAGUCCUACAGUGGCCUGUGGGAGACCAUGUUGACAAAGGACCCCUACAGGCACGAUUACAAGAACAUACUGGAGUUGGUGCAGCUUAUGCUGGUGCUGCCCAUUUCAGCCGCCCAGUGUGAGCGAGACUUCUCUGCGCACAACCGGAUUAAGAAUUCGACAAGAAGCUGCCUUGGGGUCUCCACCACCGAAGAUGAGGAUCAGCCUGGAGGGGUCUUCUGUUGAGGAGUUCUAUCCCACUCCUGUCGUGGACCACUGGCUGACCUCUAAGCGUGCCAGACGGCCAACGUACAAAAUCAGCUGGAUAACUGAUAUCCUUUGUGUCUAGUAGGCUUGGGUCAAUGUGUGAUUUUGGUGGUAUGUGCUGUUCCAAAGAUGUGUGUCCCUUAGUACACGCACACACGCAGUAUAAAUAUGUAUGUAAUAAAUAGUUUGUUAAUAAACUCUGUUACAUUUUUCACUGUGCUCCUGAAUUUCUUUGUGUGCUCCUAAUGUUUUCAUUUAAGAGCGCAUUUACUCCUUGGGAAAAAAGUUAGCAUAGAGCAUGCCAUAAGUACCAGACCCUGUUG